UUUAAGUGCAACAAUUUCGCAUUCAAAACUUAUACAUAUAUUUCCACACAUAUGCAUGAAAGCUCCGAUUGUUUGGAUAGGCGAUAAUAAUUAUUUUAAAAGGUGUUCUUAUAAAAUACAGCACUCAUUUACUCCAGUAAGGAGUAUAGAAUACGAUAGCAGUUUAAUACAAUGUACUGAAACAAAUAAUAAAUAUUUCGUUAACAAAUCAUAUUAACAUUUAUAUUGUAAUUAGGUUUGGUGUAGCUCAAAAGAUAUAAUGGAGAACGUCUUAAGAAUUGGUAUAUCAGAUAUGACUGAAAUGUCGGAAAUAAAUGAACUUGGAAUAAACGAAAAUCUUAAUCUCCGGUAUUGCAGCGACAUAAUCUACACUUACACAGGUUCAAUACUUAUUGCAGUAAAUCCUUAUAAACCUAUUAAUAUUUUUAACAAGGAAUAUGUAAAAAAGUACCACGGAUGCAAUUUUGGAGUUUUAGAACCACAUGUUUUUGCGUUAGCUGAAGCAGCCUAUAAAAGUAUUGUUGAUGAUCAAGUAAAUCAGUCAUGUGUAAUAUCUGGAGAGUCAGGAGCUGGAAAGACGGAAACAACAAAAUUAAUAUUACAAUAUUUAUGUUCCAUAACAUCAAACGUGUCCUCUUGGGUUCAACAACAAAUUUUAGAAGCCAAUACAAUUUUGGAAGCGUUUGGAAAUGCAAAAACUAUAAGAAAUGACAACAGCUCCAGAUUUGGUAAAUUUAUGCAAGUCUGUUUUGAUGAAAUCAACUGUAUAAAGGGAUGUAUAAUUCAAGACUAUCUGCUUGAAAAGUCCAGAAUAACUUUUCAAAGUGAUGGAGAGCGCAACUAUCACGUCAUGUAUCAAUUAGUAGCUCAUGGGCAAACCAAUCAGCAAAUGGCAGAGGACUUACAUUUAAGAGCACCAGAAUAUUUUAAGUAUCUUAAUACGUCUAAUACAGAAAAAAUAGACAUUAACUUUGAGUCAGCCAAAUUCGAUGCUCUUACCAUGGCAUUUACAGUUUUACAACUUCAACAAUAUUCAAUAGAUGGAGUUUUUAAAAUAUUAAGCUCUAUUUUGUGGCUAGGAAAUAUUGCGUUUGAGGAUAUUGACGGAGAAGGCUGCGAUUUCUCUCCUGCAGACCAUGAAGCUAUUGUUAUUAUAUCCAAACUUUUGGGCCUGAAAUGCAGUGAUCUUCAAAAAGUAUUACUGGUUCGUCAAAUCAAUGUUCGUGGAAAUAUUACAGAAAUUCCCUUGAAACUUCAAGAGGCCAUAGAAAAUCGUCAUGCCAUGGCUAAAGCUUUAUACUCAAAAACAUUCACGUGGCUUGUAACUAAAAUUAAUAUUUGUACAAAUCCUGGGCAAGAUGGCUCGAAUUUUCUUGGUGUUCUAGAUAUAUUUGGAUUUGAAAAUUUUACAAAAAACUCUUUCGAGCAAUUGUGUAUAAACUAUACCAAUGAAAAGUUGCAUAAAUUUUUUAAUCACUAUGUAUUCGCUUUAGAACAAUCAAUCUAUAUGGAGGAGGAAAUUCUGUUUACCCACGUGGAAUUCACUGAUAAUUCGCAAUGCUUAGAAAUAAUAGAGAAGCCACCUCGAUGUGUAUUUAAAAUUUUGACUGAACAAUGUCACAUGCCAAAGGGUUCUGAUUCUGCUUAUUUGAAUAAUAUGCAUUCGGAAUUUGAGUUUCAUCCAAAUUAUAUAAAAGGAUCUGAUCGGCGACAUUGGGAAAGCGAAUUUGGAAUCAAGCACUAUGCAGGAUGUGUUAUUUAUACUGUUGACGGAUUCGUUGAAAAAAAUCGAGAUGUGCAACAAGACGUUUUAUUUGAUUAUAUGAGCCGCAGUGAAGAUGCAUUUGUAAAGGACUUAUCACAAUACCAGGAUCAGCAAUUCAUAAAAAGUCAAUAUUGCUCAACGUAUUCUCGAGGGUCUUCUAAAACAAAAUUAACUGUAAGUGACCAAUUUCGUCAUCAGCUUCAAUCUUUAAUAGAUGUUCUGCAGAAUACAAAUCCCUGGUACGUCCGUUGCAUAAAACCUAAUCUUGAAAAACGGCCAAAUUGUUAUAAUGCAUUAUUAGUUCUAGAUCAACUAAAAUAUCUUGGAAUUGUUGAUAUAGUUAGAAUAAGAAGAGAGGGCUUUCCGAUUCAUUUAAAUCAUGAAGAAUUCAUUAUAAAGUAUAAAUGUUUAAUGAUACGAAAAUCCUUCGCAAAUACACAUAAUUAUAUAUCGGAUAUAUUAGAAAUAAUAAAAGUUUCAAGCUCAGAAUGGCAAAUUGGCAAGUCAAAGGUUUUCUUAAGAAACGUGGCAUAUCAAUUAUUGGAAGAUAGACGAAAGCAAAUUAUAUACAGGAAUGCAGUCACUAUACAAAAACAUUGGAAAAAGUUUGUUUGUUUUAAGUCGUAUCUACGAAUUAAGAAAGCUGUACUAAUUAUUCAACAUUCAUAUAGAGGAUGGAAACUAAGAAUUCGGUUUUUAAGAAUGAGGAGAAGUGCCAUUAUUAUUCAAAGUCGACUACGUGGAGUUUUUGCUAGAGAGGUAGCAGCAGCGUUAAGAGAGUUAAGACGGGUUGAUGAGGAAAUAAAAAAGCGUGAAAAAACUAUGCUGCAAAUUCCUAAUACCGACUGCAAUGCUCUUGAUGUUUGCGAAAAGCUCGUGCAGGAAGAAUUGGACGCUCUGUCGCAUUUUGCCGAAAAUAUAAAGCAAUCUGUAAUGGAUAGUGAACUCACUGUAAAAAAUUCAUUGGAAUUAUCAACACAGCAGGAUUCGGUUGACUUGGACAACAUCUUUGCAUUUCUGGGUGAAGGCUCUGAGAUGACUUGUGCUAAUAUACUUAUUGAAGAGAUAAAUGAUAAAAUGGAUCACCUGGUUCAGGAUCUUGACCAAGAAUUAGAACUAUGUAGUCAAGAUGACUCGACUACUAUUUUGAAAGAAUCAGACAGGUGUCUAUUGACUAAGGGCGUCCCAUCACUUCCCGAACCAACAACGCGUCCUCCGCCUCCACCAACUAUGAUACAUGAAACUAAAGAAAAUAAGGUUGUGAAGCCAGAGCCAAUAUAUGAAGCAAUAAACGCAGAAAAAAUAACAAAUUUAAAAAAUAAUGAGAUUGAAAAUGAUACCAUAAUAGAGCUUACAUAUUUGGGUGAAAAAAAAAAAAAGUCUUUAACUCCUACUCUCAGUAAGCAUGAAGUCGACCCUGAAAAAGAGCAGCGGCGAAAAAAUAGAGUAGAAAAAAAAAUUCAAGAAAUUAAUAUCAAUGAUGAAAGUCAGAAAAAUAUUUAUAUCGAAGAGGUCUACAACAUUAUUGAAUAUGCGGAAAAUUAUUUUAACACACAUGAGAUUUUAAUUGAUGGUACACUAAUGGCAACAUUGACUCGAAAGGGAAAAAAGAGCAAUGACGUUAUGCCAAAAUUCGAUAUGAUAACUUUUUUUAAAUCCGACAAAAUUCCGACGUCACACAUUCAUAUGUAUGAUCCAGAAAAUAUUUCAUUGGCCUGUAAUAUAUUUCGGGAGCUAUGGAAGUACAUGAAAGGUGAUCUUGGCGCAGAACGUGAGUUACAAAUUAUUCAAUAUAUUAUUGGAUUAGGAAUUGAGAGAGAAGAGUUAAGAGAUGAAAUAUUCAUACAAUGUAUACGCCAAGCAACAAACAAUCCGAGUGCCGACUGGACGGAUCGAAUUUGGCUUCUUAUGUGUCUUAUAAUUGUCGCAUUUCAGCCAAGUAAACAACUGUUCAGGCUAUGCGAAGACUUGGAACAAUUGUCUGUCGUUUCUUUUUCUUGGAUGCAAGAACAAAAGCAAUUGACGUUCAUCCUACCGACACAGCUGGUGAUGCAGUACAAAAGUUAGCUGCAAAACUUAAUCUAAUAGCAACGGAUGGAUGGGCAAUUUACCAAUCGCGGCCAGAUGGCGAAGAAUAUAUAAAAAGUUUUGAUUAUUUAUAUGACAUUAUUUCUGCAUGGGAACUUAAGCAAACUUCUGCCACAUCAUUUAAAAGGAUUUCAAAUGGACCAGCA